GCUCCUAAAGCCUGACCUUUAUAUUUUCACUUUAGGAAAUCACGUCUUUGCUCUCCCUUUACGGUGGACAGUUCAGCAGCGAGCGGGAAAUUCGUGUAAAUUCUCCGUUCUGGAUUCUCAGUAUUCCCUCGGAAGAGAUGGCGAGGGGACUGAUGAAACGGACAGUAUGUGCAAAGUCUGUGUUUGAGCUGUGGGGCCACGGGAGGUCUGCUGGGGAGCUCUACACGUCUCUGAGGAACUACCCCAUGGCCAAGAUGCUUCCAUACCUACAGUCAGACUCUACUUACAAAGUACAUAUUCAUACCUUUAAUAAAACACUGACCCAAGCACAGAAAAUACAAAAGAUAGAUGCCCUUGAAUUUCUGCCAUUCAAAGGCAAAGUAAAUUUAAAGAACCCGGAACACGUUUUCUGGAUUUUGGAAGAUUAUGGAAUGGACCCUAAUAAUGUUCCAGAAGAGCCCUUUCACCUGUAUUUUGGUAGAUGGAUUGCAGAUGGCCAAAGAGAACUCAUAGAGUCCUACAGCGUUAAAAAGAGACACUUUAUUGGCAAUACGAGCAUGGAUGCCUGCCUGUCUUUCAUUAUGGCAAACCACGGGAGAGUGAAGCCCAAUGAUGUUGUGUACGAUCCAUUUGUUGGAACAGGUGGCCUCCUCAUCUCCUCAGCACACUUUGGUGCAUACGUGUGUGGCACUGAUAUAGAUUACAACACAAUCCACGGAUUAGGCAAGGCAAGCAGAAAGAACCAGAAGUGGAGAGGGCCAGAUGAAAACAUCAGGGCUAACCUCCGGCAGUACGGUCUGGAGAAAUACUACCUUGAUGCUCUCGUUUCUGAUUCCUCGAGACCCAUAUGGAGAAAAGGGAUGCUGUUUGAUGCAAUCAUUACAGAUCCACCGUACGGCAUCAGAGAAGCCACUCGCAGAACAGGGUCACAAAAGGAGACCGCUAAGACAGCUGAGAGAAGCACAGAAAAUCACAUCUUCGUUUCAUCCAAUUAUCAUCUAAGUGACAUCUUUUUUGACCUGCUGAAGUUUGCGGCCGAGUACCUGGUGAUGGGAGGAAGACUGGUUUACUGGCUGCCCGUGUACAGGCCUGAAUACACGGAGGAGAUCGUUCCCCGCCACCCCUGCCUGAAGCUUAUUAGCAACUGUGAGCAGAUGCUUUCCAGCCACACGUCGAGGCGCCUGAUAACCAUGGAAAAAGUGAAAGAAUUCAAGGACCAGGAUCAGGAUUCCUACUUGCUGGAUGGUCAGUACACGCCGUACAGGGGCCACAACUCCUUCCGUGAGAAAUAUUUCAGUGGUGUGACAAAGAGGAUUGCCAAGGAAGAGAAAGACAAUCAGAAGUAAAAUAUAAUAUAAACAGAUUAAAAAAUGAGGGAAGAAUGAAGAUCGUGUUUCUUUUUAAGGACAUCUGGAUGUGAACAUUCGUUUGGAUGCUUCAGAAAAAUAAAUACUGCUUUUAAUUUUAAAACAAGAUGAAACCCACAACACAGGUCGAGAGCAGUUCUUUUUAAUUAGCUUUGUUUACAGCGGAUUUUAUUGUACAAGUUUUUUGAGUCUUAUUUAAUUUAUAUUUGUACUUUCAAGUACUAAUGAUGAUUGACUAAAACCAUUAUUAUUGCUCUUUCACCAUUAACGUUUACAAAAAAGUAGUAUUAUUUGGCUUCUUAAACUGUGAACAUCUGGCUGGUUUAGAAACACGUGGUGGUGAUCAAGGAUUGCUUGUUGAGAAGAUCAUUUUCAUUUGUUUUGGUUUUUUUUGUAAACGGUAUACAAUAAAUCCGAAAAACUUA